AUGACAGAAGCUGUGGUGAGUGGAAAAGAUACCCGUUGCUUAUUCAUUAACAAUGGUGAUGAUUUGUUGACUUUAAAAAAAGUUGUAUCCAAAAAAACCGACAAAGAUGAUGAGAAACAAAAACUUAAUAAAUCUGUAGAAACUAAUGGCAGUGAAUUAAAUGGAAACCACAAUAAAACUGAUAGCAUAAAUUUUGAUGUCGAUAAUACAUCAUCGUUAGAACCAAAUUUAGAAAUGGAUAGUGAUACUGAUCGUAAUAUUACUAUCGGUUCAAUUUGCACCCAAGAAGAUCGAGAAUCAGAAACUAUUGAUAUCUCAAAUGAAAAUUCAAAUGAAGCAGAUGUAAAAAACGGUGAAAAAGAUAUUCAAGUAAAUUCAAUUAAAUGUCUAGAUGUUCCAUAUUCUCCGAGUGAUUCUUUAUAUGAUAAUGAUUCACAUGAUUUGGAAGAUGAUUAUUCAGAAUUAAAUAAUAUUGGGUCACCCACGUCUUACUUUAAUAUAUCAGCAAGAGCACCAUUACAUUCUUAUAAGGAUUUAGAUACUACGUUUGAGGAUGAUAUUUUAUUACUGGAAAAAGAAGUAUUAAAUAAUGAGCGAAAACGAAAAUUCGAAGAUUCAGCAGAACAAGAACAAAAGUCUACUAAGAUACUUAAAUUGUGGAACUUGAUGAAAUAUCCUUUUCAAAAAAUAUCAUAUGGCACUUCAUUAAGUGAAGAUAAAUCAAAUAUUUCUAUAGCAGAAAUCAUAGUUGAAAAAGAAAAUACCAUAGAACCCGAGUCAGCUAUUUGUGAAAACAAUAGUGAUAAUGAAAAAACCGAAGAAAAAAACACUCAAAACAAUUUUGAGGCAGAUGAAGAAAUUGUGGAUACUUCAAUAAAUGUGAAUACACAAAAAUUCUGUAACAUAAUGUAA